AUGUCGAGCGAGGUCUGCACGCGCCAGGACGAGCCGCUGCCAGCGACGGCCAACAGCAUGCCCAUGGCGGUGCACCUCACUCAGAGCCGCGUCUGGCCCCACAGGAGCCACAAGGGGCAACAAAACUCCAGUAUGGGUACCUUCUCCUCCUCCGAGCAUUGCCCCAAAAGGCCACGGCAGCGCAUCUCACCCGAAGCCGCGCCUGGCCCACGCCAGAACCACACGCCGGAGCCGCACAGUGGUCGAAGGACCGACGGGCGGGCCGCGGAGGCGACAGCCGCAGGGGCGGCCACAUCGGGGUGA